ACUCAGGUAACUCCUCCCAUCUAUCAGCUGUGAAGUAGUUUACAGCUCCAUGAGUCCUCCCUCUCUCCUCUCACUGGCUGAUCUCUUGUACAUGUCUUGACAUGCCGAGAAACAGUAGGAGAGGGUGGAGACAGGAGAGAGAAAAAAAAAAAAAACAAGAAAAACCAGAGAGCAUGACAGACUGAGAGCCAGAGUGAGAAGGAGGUAUCAGCAGAUGGAAGGGAAAGAUCCAAGGGUGUGAGAAAGCGAGAAGGAAAUUCUUGUUGAAGCUGCAGCUAAGGCGUUGAUGCUCAAAAGAAAAGCAGGACAGAAACUGAAAGAGAAGAUUGCGGCUGUAAUUAAAAAACGAAGGACGGCUCUCACAAAGGGCUUCUCAGCCCCCUGGAGAGGCACGAUGAACACUGGUAACCACUGCACUUCGAUUCCAGCAACAAAAGAUCAGAAUGAAUGAAGAGGAUGAAGACAUGCAGCUUUUGCUGACUUGCCAUUCCUGACUUUUUUUUUUUUUUUUUUUUGACAACUCAACACUUCAGGAUCUACAGUGAAAAGACAUGAUCCAGUAAUAAUUAUCUCAUAAGAUUUCAGGAACUGAGAAACUCAAUAAUUGCCUGGAGCUGUCACAGAUUAGCUGCAUCUCUUCUUGAAAGUGGGAGUAAAAGUACUGGAGGAGAAUGGGAUGGGAAGUUGGGGGCUUUGAGUUGUCUUUUGGAUGUCAGAACUUCAGGAACAAAUGAGCAGCAGUGGAUUUGGCAGCAGCUCCAGCUUGCUCCAGGGCCGGCGUUUCUACUGCCGGGAAUGGGCCCUGGACAAGCUGCGUUGCUGCCUGGAUGCCCGCUCCGUGCCUGGCCAAGCACCAGGGGUGCUGGUGACAGGGGGCCCUGGUGCCGGUAAAACUGCCUUGUGCACUGAGGUGGUGUGGCCAACCUCAAAAGCGGGGCUUUCGGUCGGACUGGCACAGCGCUGUCUGGCCUCCCACUUCUGCCAGAGGGAGGACCUGGAGAGUACGGUGCCAUGGAGGUUCGUCCUGGGCCUGGUGGAGCAAUUGAGGACCUCAUCUCUCCUCUCUCCUGGAUAUGAAGAGAUCCUUAUCAGACCAUCUGUAUCCCCUGCUUUGGAGCCUAUCAGCUGUCAGAGAAACCCUGAUGACACCUUCAAGAGAGCAGUGUUGGAGCCCUUGCUGGACCUUCCUCCUCCUGCCCAGACGCUGAUGGUGGUUGUAGACGGCCUAGAUGCUGAUUGCAGGCAGGGUGAAGGAGUUGGAAAAAGUGGCUCCAUUGCAGAACUCUUGGGGGCCAAUCAGCACCUGCUGCCUGGCUGGUUGCUGCUGGUCUGCUCCAUUCGCCGCCAAAACAAAGUUAUGUUCAAGAUGUUCUCAGGUUUUCGUAAGCUCUGCCUGGAUGAUCUGAGGAAACCACCAGCAGUCCGUGAUGUGCAGCAGUACAUCCUAUGUCGACUGGAUGAAGAAGCGGCGCUGCGCCGUCAGCUCACCCCCGAUACAGCUGACAUGUUGAAUCUGCUGCACAUAAAGAGUGGCGGCUGCUUUCUCUUUCUAGAGCGUGUUCUGGAUGGUGUAGCAGCUGCGCUGGUGGGUCUGCGGGAGAUCCGAGACAUCCCUGGGACUCUCAAUGGCCUCUACCUUUGGCUCUGCCAGAGAUUGUUCCCCCGGGGGCUCUUCGUCUACAUCAGGCCUCUUCUCAACAUCCUCUUGGCUGCUCCAAGGCCCCUAAAACCCCAGCAGCUAUAUACAGCAGCCUGGACUCAGGACACCUCCCUCAGCAUUCAGGACUUCCAGAACAAACUUAGAACACUGUCCCCUCUCCUGAUCGAAGGCCCUGAGUACACCAAACUACUUUUUCAUGCAAGCUUUACAGAAUGGUUGACUGAUGUUAAGUACUGCACACAGAAAUACCUGUGUAGCCGGACCGACGGUCACAGUAUGCUUGCCAUGGCUCUGACUCUACAGGGACCCCUACUGGACGUUGAGGACUCUUGUCAGCUAGCCACACAUUUAGUUUGCUCGGGUCACCAUAAAGAAAAACCCUCAUUAUUGGCACUGUGGAUGCUAUGGGCAGGUGUUCCUGUUGUUACACCCAGUCAUAGUCGAGCCCUCAUCUCAUCCUUAGCUCAGCUUCCUGCUCUAGUUAGUCAAGAAGUCUCUCAGCUGCUAAUGAGAAGUGGACUCGUCUCACCAGGCUGCUUUUCAGAUGAAGACUCGAGUCUUACAGUACUUUCUGUUAGGGAAGAAAGAGAUGUAUCACAACAGGCUUAUGAAAGGGAGCUGUCUAUAAAGAAGCUGCUAGACAGCGAGGUGUCUUUGAACCAGAGUUCUACAGAUGGACAGACUUUGCUUACCAAAGCAGCUCAUGAGGGUUCUAUGAAUGUAACUAAACUUCUUUUGACACAUGGGUCUGAUCCGUUGAUCAGUGAUCACCAGGGUCAAACACCCCUGACUUUGGCUUCAAGGCAUGGUCAUGUCAAAGUGCUGUCCCUCCUCCUUGAAUGGGCCAAAAGUCAAGACCCAGAGACUGCAAUGCAGAUGAUGGAGCAUGUUGACAAUGAAGGCUGGACAGCACUGCGCUCUGCAGCUUGGGGAGGACACAGCGAGGCUGUCCGGCUGCUACUGGAUGCAGGAGCAGAUGUAAAUGGAUGCGACAGUGAGGGACGGACUGCUGUGAGAGCUGCUGCAUGGGGGGGUCAUGAGGAAAUUGUCCUCACAUUGCUAGAAUAUGGGGCUCAGGUUGACAAAGCUGAUAGCAAGGGCUGCACGCCACUUAUAGCUGCUGCCUAUAUGGGGCAUCAUGAAACUGUGGAAAUACUGCUAGAUCACAAUGCAGAUGUCAACUUAGCUGAUGGAGAUGGACGCACUGCUCUGUCAGUCGCCGCCCUUUGUGUCCCUACAGCCCCGGGAAUCAAAGGUUUCGGUGAGGUAGCAAGUCUGUUACUGGAGCGUGGAGCUGAUCCAGGCCACAGAGACCAUGAUGGAAUGACACCACUGCUUCUUGCAGCCUAUGAAGGCCAUGAAGAUGUAGUUGAGCUUUUGUUAGAAGCCAAUGCUGAUGUAGAUGAAACUGCUGGGCCUGAUGGGAGUGUCUCUGCUGCAGCUGCCGUCACUCCCCUGCUGGCAGCUGCAGCAAUGGGUCACAUGAAGACAGUGUCACGGCUGCUAUUCUGGGGUGCAGCUGUGGAUGCAAUAGAUUGUGAAGGCAGAACGGCCCUCUGCCUGGCAGCAGCAAGAGGCAGCUUAGAGGUUGUACGUGCCUUGCUGGACCGAGGCCUUGAUGAGAACCAUAAAGAUGACCUUGGCUGGACUCCACUGCAUGCUGCUGCAUGUGAAGGUCACCGCAGUGUUUGUGCUGCUCUAACAGAGCAGGGCAGCAUGGCACGUGUUGGAGAGAUGGACAUCGAAGGGCGCACACCACUUAUACUCGCUGCCCAAGAAGGUCAUUGGAGCACCGUCAAACUACUUUUAGACAGACGCUCUCCUAUUGACCACAGGGCAUAUGAUGGACACUCUGCACUAAGUGCAGCUUUCCUGGAGGGCCAUGCUGAUGUUGCAGAGCUGCUCAUGAAGCGAGGUGCUGAUACUGACGUUCGAGAUGCCGAGGGAAGGCCUCUGCUCUACCUCCUUGUGCUGGAAGGUCACCUUGGUAUGGCCACUCUACUUAUAGAAAAAGGAGGUGUGCCGCUGGAGUCCCGAGACUCUGAGGGCCGCACAGCGCUUCAUGUAGCCUGCUGGCAUGGCCGUGUGGAGAUUGUGGAUUUACUUUUAAAACAUGGGGCAAACCCUAAUGCACAAGAUACAGAGGGGAGACCACCAAUGCAUUCAGUGGCUUGGACAGGACAUACUAAAGUAGGACGACGUCUCCUAGAAGCCAGUGGUGUAAAUAUAAACCUUCCGUGCCAUCAGGGGGCAACAGCUCUGAGCAUCGCAGCCCAGGAAGGAAAUGCUAAUAUUGUGACAAUGCUUCUCGACAGAGGUGCUAAUCCAAAUCAUAUGGAUAAAUAUGGCCGCAGUCCAAUCAAAGUGGCAGGAAAACAUGGACAUUUUAACAUUGUCAGGCUCUUGGAGAGCUAUGGAGCCAAGCCAUACCAAGGCCUGUUGCCUAACUCUAUUACUGUAACCCCUGCAAAACACAACAAGGUCCUCUCCUCUGGCAUGUCAGAGAGUAACAGAGGUGAAGUGACAGCUGCUACCUCUUCCUCUUCGGUAUCUUCUCCCAGUUCCACUGCAGAACGAUUUCACUCAAUGCAGAGCUCCCAAACCUCUUCUACCUGCCAUUCUUUAGCUACGGUGCAGACAGUGCCAGCUGACAGCCUCAGCUUUAUCCAGCAAAUCCAACAGCACUCCCUGCCCCGCAGCCGUAGCCGCCCUUCCACCCUCCCUCCACCAGGGAGCUCAGGCACGGGCAGUCUCUAUGGAAGUAGCAAGAGGCAUGCCAAAGGCAGCCCUCCUCCUACUGUUUGCACAGUCACAGCCAUGGUGCACAACUGCAGACUGCCUCAGAAAAACUUGUCACCUGGACUUGAAUAUCAUGACAAAAUGAACAAUAAAAGCUCCAAAUUGUUUAAAGCAGAUAGGAAUACCUACGCUGGUGGUAAAUGGCACUCAGUCAUGGCUUCUCUUGGUAUAAUGCCAGGACAAGACAGCCCCCUAGGUGUCAAAAACCGAGAGAGUCCUCCAUUGGACUAUCCAUAUGGACUCCAGAGCCAGCUUCAAGGGGAAGCUUGGGAAUCUCUAACCCAGAAGAGCAUUUUGCCACCUGUUUGCUAUGGUAUUACCCCAUCCUCACCUUGCAGUGCCUUGCCAGAGGAUGUUAUGUUCACUAUGACAACCACAGACCCACAGCUUAAUCUUAAGCAGGCCAUCAAACUACAAUUUGAAGGCCCCACCAGUGCAGCCUUAUGCAAGAGAGAGACACCCCUGUGACUGGCACUGAGGUGGAGUUGGACUUUUUUGCAGUACAAGGAGGAAACUGUUGCAUUCAGAGAAGGGAAAAGGAUCAUCUUCUCCACCCUAACAGAGCACCAAACUAACAUUCCCAUCUUUCUGUUGCAAGUGUGUGCUGAGCAAAGCUCUCAUACACUCAUGCUGAUUUAUUCAAAGCUUAAAGUAUAACCGUUAUAAUUUCCAACCUGGGUCAUGUUUUACCAUUUUACACAUAGUUUUUUUUAUCAGUCCCAGUUUAAAAAAAGGCUUUCUUUGUCUAUUUUAAUUUAUUUUAUUGUCUCCAAAGAGCUAGAUUUGGAUCUGUUUUAAUCUUUGUUUGCUUUUACUGAAAAAUGUUGAAUUAAAUUCUGACUUGUAUUUCAAAUUAAGUUAUUUUUAUGGGUCAACAAUCUGGAUGUAAUCUUGUGGCCCCUAUUUGUAUUUGAAAUCUUUACUAAUUGCCUUAAAUUAAUCUACAUCCCUUACAACUUGGCUUACAACCACAAGAGUCAGUGCAUGCCUAACAAAAUCUAGCCUGAGCAGGUUAAUAAAACAGAACAAAUUACAAGAAAACAUCCAACUUACCAAACCAUCUCAGUUUGCUCACAGUUUGUCUGCAAGCAUGUAGUGAGGAAAAUGAAAAUUGGACAAUUAAAACUGCUGUUUAAAUUGAACAUGUCAGGCAUGUUAAUUUAAAUUUGUAUGUUGCCUAAAGAAAAUUUCUACAUAUUGAUAUUUUUUCGUUGCAUUAUUAUUUAAUUGCAUUUACUAAUUAAAUUGGCAAACGGUGCUGGAAAAUUCUCUACCUCUGCUCUGCAUGGUUAUUUUUAUUUUUUUUAUUUUUUUUUUUUUUACUGUGUGAGUGUGUAGUGGAGCAUCUUAUGCACUUAAUAACUAAAUGUCAUGGGCAGCUUCUGAAGUGGUUGCAUCAUGCAGAGAUGAAAGUCUGGCAGCUGGCAGAUGGCGGCCACCUGGAUAAUAAAAACCAAAACGUUUUUUGAACGAGGACGACUCUGCAGAUGCAUUCACUGGGGAUUCUUUCCUGUCUUUCUGAUAUGUUUUAUCUGAAAUGUUUGUUGGAACCCAUUUCUGAUUUUUGUUUCCCAGGUAGCCCAUGUAAGUUUUAAGAUACUUCCUUCACACUGUACAUAAAAGCUUAGUUUUUAUUGAUUAUUAUUUGCAUUUAGACACAAAGGUCCGAAGCGCAAAUUUAUCCCUAUAAAUCACUGCUUUUUAGAUUCUUACACCUUUGCAGUAUGUUUUCACACAAUCCUCAGCUUAAUUAUUGCAACAGUUUUACACUAUUAUACAUAGACUUGAUGACCUAAUACAAAGCUUCAACCUUUUCUGUUAUCACUGUGGUGACUUAUUUUAUGUUUUGGUAUAAAAAGCUUUACACUAAACUUUAUAAUGAGGCUCUUGUGGUUUGUACCACUGCAGAAAUUCAUUGUGUUCACAAAAUCUGAUUUUAAUGUGUUUUGCAGCAGCAUGUUCCCAGACUAAGCAGAUAGAGACUGUCUUGGAAUUACAGCCAAACAGCAAAUAUAUUGUUCCUGGCAAACCUGAAUUCUCAAUUAGGUCUAAAAGAAGCGAUAAGGUAAUUUCCUUUAUAAUAAUCCACUCAUUUAACUGUCAGUAGUGUACCAUUUAUUUACGUGCCACAAUACACGCCAUCACCAAGGUGACAGACAGCAAAAUAGCUAAUGAUAAACUUGAAGGGUCAGCAUUAUAUUUUAACUGUGUUCCUUCAUAAGUCUUUAACAUGAGGUAAGUAGAAAAACAAACUUGUUUUGAAAGCAUGUUUGCAAAAAGGAUCAAAUGCACUCCUUGCUAAACAGGAUUACAUUGUAAGCACCAGGUACAUACAGGUGUACAAAUAAUCCAGCCUUAUGAGGGGUAGUUUACACAUCUCACAUCUACUGUGCAGCUUGUUGAGUUUAUGUCAAAAAGAGCUGAUGCUCAGUCAUUCAGAGAGGAAUAAUUUGGCUUUAAACUAACUUAAAGCUUCUUAAAAGUAAAGAAAUUAAAGGUCAGAAGCUUGGUUAAUACAGUAAUACUCCUAUAUCCUGCAGCUGUUAGCUGUUUAUACUGUACAAAUAGAUAUUUCAUGAUAUCUUAUUCAUAGGAGCCAACUCAUUUCCAUAAUCCUUCCACUGUUCAAGUGCAUAUUUAAAGGACUACAUUAGAAUCAGUGAGCACAAGGUUAUUUUCUUAAAGAAAUAAAUACAAAAGUAUGUAUGUGUGUAAUUAAAACAU